CAGUGAUAUAACCAACCAGGCUGCAGUCCCCUCCCCUGUUACUCUCACUUUCCAUAACCCUUAAUGUACCUCCUCUCUCGCUCACUAACUCCCCCAUCGCCACUCUCCCCCUCUAUUACGUGUCAAGCGUCUCUUCCUCCUGAACUGAACAGCACACGCCAAACAGGGGACUGGUUGAAAACAGACACUGGCUCUUCUGGUCCUUGCCUCUGUCUCCUCCCAUUUUAUAAUUUCCCUGACUUCAUCCGCCACCCACUUCACUGUAGCUUUACUUAUGUUUCUUUUAGUCUAAUUUCAUUGUCUUGCCUACCUAUUUUCACUUGAUCCUUUGUUCACGCUGACUGCUUUUGCUCAAUUUACCCAUCCAUCACAGGAUGGUUGAUAGCUGUGUCUUAUCUUUUUUUAAUACAUUGUUUUUAAACCUGCAAGUUCUUCACACUUAACCUCUCCCGAUUCCCUCCUUCCAUCUUGCCAUCUAUUAUUUGCUCCACUAAGAUUUAGCCCAAGUGGCCUGUUUUUUCCCCUGGUCUUCCUCGGGUGAGGCCACUUGAGAUCAGUAUGUGGUCCAACUUCUUCGUACAGCAGGAUGAGGAUGGUCGCAUCGGGGUGGCAGGGGCUGGUCAAGGUGGGGGUUUAGGUGGAAUUAAAUCUGGAAGGGGACAGAGGAGGACCCACAAGAUGAGUGACAGUGAGGAGGGAAAGAUCAAGCUGGCCUUCUUUGUGGCUAUCAUUGGUGUUACCCUCACAGUGUUGGGCAUGGGCACAGAGUUUUGGGUGGAGCUGGCCCAAUCAAAGAAUUUCAGCAACAACCAGACCUGCCAGAUGGCCCAUUAUGGCCUGUGGAAGGGCUGCAUUCGUACCCUAUGGGUGGCUGACAUAGACCCAGAGAGGACGAGCUGUGGCCCUGCUGAACUACCUGGAGAAUCCAACUGCACCUACUUCAAAUUCUUCACCUCUGGGGAGAAUGCAGUCAUAUUCAAGAAGACAACUAACAACAAGCUGAAUCUAGCAGCAGCUAUCUUGGCCCUUUUGAGUCUGACCAUGAUGGUAAUGGGCUCCAUCUGUAUUGGCAUGUCUCUCAGCAAAGGAGUGCCCUUCUUUCUCAAGCCAGCCUCCUUCUGUUUCAUCCUAUCAGGUGUACUGGUCCUUCUCUCUAUCCUGAUAUUCCACCAGUCUGUGCUGGCCUUAUUGUCCAGUGACCACUCCAUACCUUUGCACCAUGAGCUGUCUUGGUCGGUGGCCUGCGUUGGCUCAGCGGGUGCCAUUCUUAUUUUUGGAGGUUUCCUCUUUAUCAUCCUCUCCCUUCCUUUCAGCCCCUGGCAGAAAUGCCUGCCACACAAGAAUAGCGCCACAUAGCACCUGACUGACAAUAAAAUAUGCGUGUAGUAUCCUUGAUGUCUUGAUUGAGAGCAAGUGAAAAUGUCCAUUUCCUGAUUGGCUUUGACUUUGCUUGCUCUUGGCAUUCAAUUUGUCAGGGAAGUCACACAAUGUCUUAAUCAAAUAUAUGAAGAGAAGUUGGCAUUAGUGAGGCCUCCAGAAUGAGUAAAAAUUGUUGUUGUUUUUUUUUGGUAGAAAAUAGAUGAAAGGAUCAACAGGGCUACUGCUGUUAAAUGUGUAGCUGUGGUGUUUACUUAAAGCUGGACUAUGCAGUUUCUUUUGGCUUCAUUAGGCAAAAACAAUGUAUUUCUGACUUUCAGCAUAAUGGUAAACUACUUCAAGUGGUUUCUCCUCCUGACUCUUUUUUCAGGCUUUAGAAAAUCUAGCCUGUGACGGGAGACUUUGGACGGGAGACCAAUCACAGGACAUGUUAGACAGAGAGGGCGUCCCUAUUGGCUGUUCUACAAAUGUGGAUGCAUGUGCACGUCCCUUCAGACAGUAAAAGCAUGAUUCAAUGAUGGAAAGUCCUGCCGAAAAAGUUGCUAUUUCAGCAUUAGCAACAACUACCUAAACCCCAAAACCCUAAUAAAAAUCAAGUCUAAAAUAGAGAGUGACUAUAAACACAAUAAAACGUGUCAAUAUCAGCAAAGCGUUUCAGAGAUAGAGAUAACAUUUUCCAAAAGGUUUAGCCUUUUUCUAAACAUAGCCAAAGACUCAUAGCUGUAGCUAAUUCAUGUUUAUAUAGUUAGCUAGAGACUCCAAUCACAGUCAUCUCAACAAGCUCUACAGGCCCACACGUAUGCAUAUGCAGUACUGGUGCUCAUCUGGUGGGAGGGGCUUAGGACCAAGAGCUGCAGGAGGAAGGCUGUUUUUUCAAACUGGUGUUUUGUGUAUCACAAAAAGGCUUGUUAGCCUGCCCAUAGCUGUGCAUUCACACAUAAAUCCAGUCUUUUUGAUAGGAUGAGGAGAGUAAAUAAAAACUAUUUAAAUGUUUAGACACUUUUCUCUUCUAAAACGUUUUGUGGGUUGUUUAAUUUGAAAGCCCAUUUCAGCUAAGAAUCUUUUUUUAUUCUGAUCUAUAGCUUGACAACGCAAUGGUAUGGUUAGGUUUAGGCACAAAAGCAACUUGGUAGUGCAAGGGAAAGUACCUGGUUUUAAUUAAAAUGACUACUUAGCUCUACAAUGACAACUGACUUCCUCCUUUGCUCCGGUCAUUGUUACCAUGGCUUCUGGGCGCAAACUGAUGGACACCGACCAUUUCAUACUUAUAACUAACAACAAGUGUUUUCUUUUCUUCUUAACUUUUCAUGUCACCAUCAAUGUAGUAACAAAUUCUGUUUGUGAUAAUGCUAACAAUCAGUAUGGAAGCAGUCCUGAUUGCUUUCAAAGAAGUUACUUGCGUGUAUGCCUCAUGUUGAUUUAUGAACAGUCAAUGAGUAUGCUUAAUUUUCUAGUAAUUAGUCCUAUGAAACUUUUUAACACCUAAUACCUAAUUAAUGAAAGACUUCAUAUCAUUAUUUAUUAUUAUGUUUUACUAUUGGAUGAAUGCUGCUUUACUUUGAGUGUAUUUUGAAUGAAAUCAACUAUGAGAAGGGAUUAAAAUACUAUUUUGUACAUCAGAGAGUUAUAAGGACUCACUUUAUAAGCUCAACUUUGCACAUAAACUGAAUGAAUGGGUUUUUAUUGUAUGAUUGGUUUGUAGUGUUGUCUCUAGUCUCUGCAUUUGCAAUAUGUAUGCAGUAAAUACGCUUUAUUUCUGUCAUAGGAUGCUUACCUUGUCUCUCUACCAGAAAAGGAUAUUAUUCAAAAUAUAGGGUUAUUUGUAAACAUAUAUAUGUACAGUAUGUGGCGCCAGUUUUGCUUAUUAUUAAAGGCAUUUGAC